GUAGUAAGAAGCAUACUGUCUCUAAAACCUCUUCUUCCCUUGCUAUUGUAGAAACAAAUCACCAUGACAACAAAGUUGUUCCCAUUGAAGCACCGAUUGUGUCUUCAUACAACGAUCGGAUCAGGCCGUUGCUUGACACUGUGGACAGGCUAAGGAACCUCAAUAUAUGCAAGAUCGACACUGAAACCUCUAUACAGGAUU